AUGGCUAAGGUCGACCACAAAGUCGCCCUCAUUGUCAUUGACGGUUGGGGAAUCCCCGGCCCCAACUCUCCUCCCGAAGGCGAUGCGAUCGCAGCCGCCGAGACCCCCGUCAUGUCCUCCUUUGCUGACCCCAACGCCAAGGUCGCCCAGGGCUACACGGAGCUCGAUGCUUCGUCCCUCGCGGUUGGCCUGCCGGAAGGUCUGAUGGGCAAUAGUGAGGUGGGCCACCUCAACAUUGGGGCUGGCCGUGUCGUCUGGCAGGACAGCGUCCGCAUCGACCAGACCCUCAAGAACGGCAAGAUGAAUGAGGUCGAGAACGUCAUCAAGUCCUUCAAGCGUGCCAAGGAAGGCAAUGGCCGUUUGCACCUAUUGGGUCUGGUUUCCGAUGGUGGAGUUCACUCGAAGAACACCCAUCUGUACGGUCUGCUGCAGGUCGCCAAAGAUUGCAGGUUCCCAAGGUCUUCAUCCACUUCUUCGGUGAUGGCCGUGAUACGGACCCCAAGAGCAAUUGGCGAGCUGGCCACUGUCGUGGGUCGUUACUAUGCUAUGGACCGCGACAAGCGUUGGGACCGAAUCGAGGUCGCUAUGAAGGGUAUUGUCCUUGGUGAGGGAGAGGAGAGCACCGACCCUGUUAAGACUAUUGAGGAGCGCUACGCGAAGGGAGAAACCGAUGAAUUCCUGAAGCCGAUCAUCUUGGGCGGCAAGGAAAACCGGGUUCAGGACGGGGACACCCUCUUCUUCUUCAACUACCGUUCGGACCGUGUCCGGGAGAUCACUCAGCUGCUGGGAGACAUUGACCGCUCCCCCAAGCCCGAUUUCCCCUAUCCGAAGGACAUCCACAUCACUACCAUGACCCAGUACAAGACGGACUAUCCCUUCCCGAUUGCCUUCCCGCCACAGCACAUGGGCAACGUGCUGGCUGAGUGGCUUAGCAAGAAGGGCUUGAAGCAGAGCCAUGUCGCGGAAACGGAGAAGUACGCCCACGUCACUUUCUUCUUCAACGGUGGUGUGGAGAAGCAGUUCCCUGGAGAGGACCGGGACAUGAUCCCGUCGCCCAAGGUUGCCACCUACGACCUUGACCCCAAGAUGAGCGCCGCUGGUGUUGCUGAGAAGGUCGCUGAGCGCAUUGCGGAGAACAAGUACGAGUUUGUUAUGAACAACUUUGCGCCUCCUGACAUGGUGGGUCACACUGGUGUCUACGAGGCUGCUAUCCAGGGUGUGGCGGCCACGGACAAGGCCAUUGGUCACAUCUUCGAGGCUUGCAAGAAGCAUGGCUACAUUCUGUUUGUCACUGCGGACCAUGGAAACGCGGAGGAGAUGCUCAACGAGGAGCGCAAGCCUAAGACCUCCCACACGACCAACAAGGUUCCUUUCAUUCUGGCCAACGCUCCCGAGGGCUGGAGUCUGAAGAAGGAAGGCGGCGUGCUGGGAGACGUCGCCCCGACCGUUCUGGCGGCCAUGGGCAUUGAGCAGCCUGAAGAGAUGAGCGGCCGCAGCCUGCUCAUCCGGCCAUAG